UUUGAAUUUUUUACCUGGCAUCUCUGAACAGACGGCGCUUUGCUUUGAAUGGCGAAAAAUAUCAUAAAUAUUUCUGUAUUAUUCAUAUAAUCUCUAUGAAGGCUGCAGAAAUGGUCGCUCAGAAGUCUUUAAAGGUAAACGAACAGCAGGAUAAUAAUGGGGUGACUAACUCGACCAAGCAAUCGAUGAAAGCCACAACGAGCACUAGUGCAAAAGACACAUCGCCUAUUCCUGUUGAGAAAUGUGAUGAUGGUGAUGAUAAACUGGUGAUAGGAGCGGAAUAUACAGUACAGCGCCAAGAUGGUUCUUGGCAUCCGGCUCAACUAAUACAAAGUCGACAGAAUCCUUGCGAUCCAAAGCAGUGCGAGUAUUACAUUCACUAUGAGGGACUGAACCGACGGUUGGAUCAAUGGGUUACUAGGGAUAGGAUUUCUACUGCAGUUGUUGGACUCGAUAAGAAAACGUCCGUAUUGGGUAAUUCUCUACCCCAAGAUUGUAAUGGAAAAAGUCCACUAGUUAACACUGCAACAAACACUAAGGAUAUACCGAAAACAGGAAAACCGUCCGGUGAUACAGACAUUGCUGAUGGUGACCCGGACAGAAAGAUAACCCGGAAUCAGAAAAGACGUCACGACGAGAUCAAUCAUGUACAGAAAACUUACGCUGAGAUGGAUCCCACAACUGCUGCUCUAGAAAAGGAACAUGAAGCUAUAACAAAAGUCAAAUAUAUCGAUAAACUAAGAUUUGGGAAAUAUGAAAUUGAUACAUGGUAUUUUUCGCCGUAUCCGGAAGAGUACGGUAAGGUUGGAACAUUAUACGUGUGUGAAUAUUGUCUAAGAUAUAUGCGAUUGGUGAAAACGCUUCAGCAUCACAAAACAACUUGUAGCAGACGUCAACCUCCGGGUAACGAGAUAUAUCGAAAAGGAACUGUAUCCAUAUUUGAAAUUGACGGCAAAGACCAUCGGUUCUACUGUCAGACACUUUGCUUGAUGGCGAAAUUAUUUCUUGAUCAUAAAACUCUUUAUUACGAUGUUGAUCCGUUUUUCUUCUACGUGCUGUGCGAAAUUGAUAAGGAUGGACAACAUAUUGUUGGUUAUUUUUCCAAGGAGAAAGAAUCGCCAGAGGGAAACAACGUCGCAUGCAUAUUAAUACUUCCACCGUAUCAGCGUAAAGGUUAUGGAAAGUUGUUAAUCGCCUUCAGUUAUGAGUUAUCUCGCCGUGAAGGCAUUGUCGGGAGUCCAGAGAAACCACUCUCGGAUUUGGGGCGUCUUAGUUAUCGUAGCUACUGGGCGUAUACGCUGUUGGAACUGAUGAAAGAGUAUCGCACUACAACCAUCAAAGAACUUAGUGAACUAUCCGGAAUCACACAGGAUGAUAUAAUUUAUACAUUGCAGUCCAUGAAGAUGGUCAAAUACUGGAAGGGACAACAUGUCAUCUGCGUUACGUCAAAGGCUGUCCAAGAGCACCUUCAGUUGCCUCAAUUUAAGAAACCAAAAUUGAUGAUCGAUUCAGCGUACCUCAAGUGGGCUCCACAAAAACGCUCCAAUCCGAUAAAACAGAUCAAGAAAGCUUAAAUAUUGAUAAUUAUUCUACGCA